AUGGCAAUCUCAUCCCUCAAUAAACUCUCCCCUGUUUUCUUCAGCCUCUUUGUUGUGCUACAUUUUCAACUAAAUGUUGCUUUUGAUUCCACUCAAGAAGCACAAGCUCUUCUCAAAUGGAAGGCCAACCUUCAAAACCACAGCCAUUCUCUCAUCUCUUCAUGGACUCUUUAUCCUAUUAAUGCCACCAACAAUUCUACUCAACACAGAAGCAAGAUAAGCCAUUGUACUAAUUGGUCUGAAGUUUCUUGUGACCAUGCUGGAAGCAUCCAUAGAUUGAACCUGUCCAGUGCACGUUUAAAAGGUAUGCUUGAUGAAUUGUCAUUCUCAUCAUUUCCUCAUCUUGCAUAUCUUGAUCUUAGCAUAAAUGAACUCUUUGGAGUUAUCCCUGCACAAAUUGGUAAUCUCUUCAAACUGAAGUAUCUUGACUUGUCAACUAAUCAGUUUUCUGGGAAAAUACCAAUUGAAAUCGGUCUCUUUACACAUCUUGAGACCCUCCACUUGGCUGAGAAUCAGUUGAAUGGUUUAAUUCCAAAAGAAAUAGGCCAACUAAUUUCUCUUAGUGAACUGGCUCUAUACAGUAACCGCUUGAACGGUUCAAUUCCUGUUUCUUUGGGAAAUUUGAGCAACUUGGCUUGGUUGUAUCUUUCUAAUAAUUCAUUUUCUGGUUCCAUUCCUCCAGAAAUGGGAAACCUCUCAAAUCUAUUUGAACUUUACAUCGAUAACAAUAGCUUAACUGGUCCAAUCCCUUCAAGUCUUGGAAACCUUAGAAAGCUGGAAGUCUUGCACAUGUUCAUAAACCAACUUUCUAGUUCCAUUCCCAAGGAAUUAGGAAAUUUGGAGUCUCUCACUUAUAUCAGUCUUCAUAGCAACAAUCUUUCAGGUUCAAUUCCAGCAUCUCUUGGUGGUAUGAGAAGUCUCAUUCGUGUUCAGUUAUACAAUAAUAAUCUUUCUGGCUCCAUUCCUCCUGAAAUAGGAACUCUGAAAAAUCUUGUUGAUUUAGAUUUAAGCAAAAAUCUACUCAGUGGUUCUAUUCCUGAUUCUUUUAAAAAUUUGAACAAAUUAGAGAUUUUGUACCUUCGUGAAAACCAUCUUUCUGGUACCAUUCCCCAGGAAAUAGGAAAUUUCAUGUUCACAAAAUUGGAAUUAGAUACCAACAACUUCACAGUUGGGGAGAUUCCAAAAGAACUUGGAAACUUAAGUUUGCUAGAGGAGCUGAUUUUGAAUAGGAACCAACUUUCUAGUGGUAUACCUUCAGAAAUUGGAUUCCUCACCAGAAUUACCCGUCUUAACUUAUCCGCAAACAAGUUGAGAAAAUCAAUCCCUGAAAGUCUAGGGAACUUGUUGCAAAUGAACAACUUGAAUUUGAGCAACAAGCAAUUUACCCAAGAAAUUCCACCUCAGUUGGGGAAGCUAAGUCAACUUACAAAGGUGGAUUUGAGUCAUAACUUCAUCAGCGGAAAGAUACCUCCUCAAAUAUGUGAUUUGGAGAUGUUGCAGGAGUUAAAUCUCUCCCACAAUAGUCUUUCUGGGUUCAUUCCGAGAGAAUUUGAAAAUAUGGUUACCCUAUCAAGCAUUGAUAUAUCUUACAAUGAGUUGGAGGGUCCAAUUCCAAACUCCACAGCAUUUAAAAAUGCUAUCAUGGAAGAAUUACAAGGGAACAAAGAUUUGUGUGGUGAUGGGCUCUUGUUCUUUCGCUUGCAGUGA